AUGCCGAAUGCUAGCAACAGAAGUCACAGGGAAUACUGUGCAAUGCUUCAACGAAUGGACCUCUUCUUCUGGCUCAUCUUCUGGCUGAUCUUCUGGAGCUACCUGGAAUUUCGAACAAUUUUCGCCAGUCAAAUCGACCAAGGAGACACACAGUACGACCAAGGACGCGGCGAAGACCGUGACGAGCGUGAUAAGGGCGAUCAGGAUGACCACGACGAUACAUAUAUGGAGGACGUCGUGAUGGGUGGCACUUCUCCAGAUUGA